CCGGAAUGGAGCUGCUCUUCCCUGACUGUGUAUUUCUCUUUCUGAUGGGCACGAGUUGGCAAGGUAUAAAUACGUCGGUGUGAGACGAGGCACCGUCCACAUGUCUCGCCCUUCGACAUUAUCACCAACCAUGAUUUAUCCUGUCGUUUCUGUGCUGGUGCUCUCUCUUUCUUUCCAGGGAGUGCUGGGCCAAGUAUGCAGGACUAGUGCCGAUUGUACGCGUGGUGAUGGCAACUGUGUUGAUAUUGGCCCCAAUGGAGAGGGUGGGUGUAUGUACGGUGAAUGUUACGCUGGGUUCUAUGAAGCAGGCGCUUACACCUGCGGCGUAUGCCCCGCUGGCACUACAAGUGAUCCCAACAGCGGCGACCCUACGUCUCCCCCAGAUGCUCAGUGCUACCUUCCUUGCGCUGACGGCACGAAGUGCUUCACCCCGUACAGUGGGACCGCGGCAUGCACUGGCUCGCCGUCUACCUGCGUGCAGACCUGCAACACCGCUGGCUACGUGGUGAAUGAGGGCAAUGGACCGUACGCGUACUGCGCCGCUCCCCCGUCUUCGCCUAGCAAGAGGGCGAAUCAGGCUAGGGCCGGUCGUUUUCAAGCACGCACCCCCUGGUAAGAGGUUUCAGAGUGUGAUAAUCGGGUUAUCCGUUGCUAGAAGGCUCGAACGGACUCGUGGAACUUUGAUCAUCGUGUUGUUUGUCACGGAGUGACAUUAUUUUAAUUUGAUAAAUCACUUUCUAACAACAUUGUUUCAUCCUGACGAGAUCAUUACAUCAUGCCGUAUUACCCAUUACAUCAAAGACGAUUUCAUGAAAAAAAGAAAGGAGAAACGAAUCAUAAGAGCGCAGCCUCGUUCGCGGGCAACAUGUCCAUCAGAUAUCGUUGCCACGUCUUGGUAUGCUUCUCCUUUGUGUGGGCCGGGGGAUGGGCAUCGGAUGAUUU